CGGGGUUUGGCGGCUCCCCUCCCCCCGCCCUGAAACUUCCCGGGGUGCGUGCCUGGACGCCGGGGAGCCCGCGCUCCGCCCCGGCCGACUCAGAGGCGGCUCUCGCGCCCUGGCGCAGUCAGCCUUGCCGGGGAAAGAAAUGACUGCUGUUCACACUGGCAACAUAAACUUCAAAUGGGACCCCAAAAGUCUAGAGAUCAGGACUCUGGCGGUUGAAAGACUAUUGGAGCCUCUUGUUACACAGGUUACAACCCUGGUCAACACCAAUAGCAAGGGGCCCUCUAAUAAAAAGAGAGGUCGUUCUAAGAAGGCCCAUGUUUUGGCUGCAUCUGUUGAACAAGCAACUGAGAAUUUUUUGGAGAAGGGGGAUAAAAUUGCAAAGGAGAGUCAAUUUCUCAAGGAGGAGCUUGUGGCUGCUGUAGAAGAUGUUCGAAAGCAAGGAGAUUUGAUGAAGAGUGCUGCGGGAGAAUUUGCAGAUGAUCCCUGCUCAUCUGUGAAGCGAGGCAACAUGGUUCGGGCAGCUCGAGCUUUACUCUCUGCUGUUACCCGGCUGCUGAUUUUGGCUGACAUGGCAGAUGUCUACAAAUUACUUGUUCAGCUGAAAGUUGUGGAAGAUGGUAUCUUAAAGCUGAGGAAUGCUGGCAAUGAACAAGACUUGGGAAUACAGUAUAAAGCCCUGAAACCUGAAGUGGAUAAGCUGAACAUUAUGGCAGCUAAAAGACAACAGGAAUUGAAGGAUGUGGGCCAUCGGGAUCAGAUGGCUGCAGCCAGAGGAAUCCUGCAGAAGAACGUUCCGAUCCUCUAUACUGCAUCUCAGGCUUGCUUACAGCACCCUGAUGUUGCAGCGUAUAAGGCCAACCGGGACCUGAUAUACAAGCAGCUGCAGCAGGCAGUCACUGGCAUUUCCAAUGCUGCGCAGGCUACUGCGUCAGAUGAUGCUUCCCAGCACCAGGGUGGAGGUGGAGGAGAACUGGCAUAUGCUCUCAAUAAUUUUGAUAAACAAAUCAUUGUGGACCCUCUGAGCUUCAGUGAAGAGCGCUUUAGACCGUCCCUAGAGGAGCGCCUGGAAAGCAUCAUUAGUGGUGCUGCGCUCAUGGCGGACUCGUCCUGCACGCGUGAUGACCGACGUGAGCGAAUUGUGGCAGAGUGCAACGCUGUUCGCCAAGCUCUGCAGGACCUGCUCUCAGAGUACAUGGGCAAUGCUGGACGUAAAGAAAGAAGUGAUGCACUCAAUUCUGCAAUAGAUAAAAUGACAAAGAAAACCAGGGACUUGCGUAGACAGCUCCGCAAAGCUGUCAUGGACCACGUUUCAGAUUCCUUCCUGGAAACCAAUGUUCCACUUUUAGUAUUGAUUGAAGCUGCGAAAAAUGGAAAUGAGAAAGAAGUUAAGGAAUAUGCCCAAGUUUUUCGUGAACAUGCCAACAAAUUGAUUGAGGUUGCCAACUUGGCCUGUUCCAUCUCAAACAAUGAAGAAGGUGUAAAGCUUGUUCGAAUGUCUGCAAGCCAGUUAGAAGCCCUCUGUCCUCAGGUGAUUAAUGCUGCAUUGGCUUUAGCAGCGAAACCUCAGAGUAAAUUGGCUCAAGAGAACAUGGAUCUUUUUAAAGAACAGUGGGAAAAACAAGUCCGUGUUCUCACGGAUGCUGUGGAUGAUAUUACUUCCAUUGAUGACUUCUUGGCUGUCUCAGAGAAUCAUAUUUUGGAAGAUGUGAACAAAUGUGUUAUUGCUCUGCAAGAGAAAGAUGUGGAUGGGCUAGACCGCACAGCUGGUGCAAUUCGAGGCCGAGCAGCCCGGGUCAUUCAUGUAGUAACCUCAGAGAUGGACAACUAUGAGCCAGGAGUCUAUACAGAGAAAGUGCUGGAAGCCACCAAGCUGCUUUCCAACACAGUCAUGCCCCGUUUUACUGAACAAGUGGAAGCAGCCGUGGAAGCCCUCAGCUCAGAUCCUGCACAGCCCAUGGAUGAGAAUGAGUUUAUUGAUGCCUCCCGCCUAGUAUAUGAUGGCAUCCGGGACAUCAGGAAAGCAGUGCUGAUGAUAAGGACCCCUGAGGAAUUGGAUGACUCCGACUUUGAGACGGAAGACUUUGAUGUCAGAAGUAGGACAAGCGUCCAGACGGAGGAUGACCAGCUCAUAGCUGGCCAGAGUGCCCGGGCAAUCAUGGCUCAGCUUCCCCAGGAGCAGAAAGCGAAGAUUGCGGAACAGGUGGCCAGCUUCCAGGAAGAAAAGAGCAAGCUGGAUGCCGAGGUGUCCAAGUGGGAUGACAGUGGCAACGACAUCAUCGUGCUGGCCAAGCAGAUGUGCAUGAUUAUGAUGGAGAUGACAGACUUCACCCGAGGUAAAGGGCCACUCAAAAACACAUCAGAUGUGAUCAGCGCUGCCAAGAAAAUUGCUGAGGCAGGAUCGAGGAUGGAUAAGCUUGGUCGGACCAUCGCAGACCAUUGCCCGGACUCGGCCUGCAAGCAGGAUCUGCUGGCGUAUCUGCAGCGCAUAGCCCUCUACUGCCACCAGCUCAACAUCUGCAGCAAGGUCAAGGCUGAGGUGCAGAACCUUGGCGGAGAGCUCGUGGUCUCCGGGGUGAGUGUCAGCGGGGGAAGCAGCCUCGUCCACCCCCUCCACGCCCAUGCCAGUUCCUGCGCAGGGAGGGAGCCUUCCUGUCGGGCCCACCUCACCUGUGCCUGUGUCUUGCAGGUGGACAGCGCCAUGUCCCUGAUUCAGGCAGCCAAGAACUUGAUGAACGCUGUGGUGCAGACAGUGAAGGCAUCCUACGUCGCCUCCACCAAGUACCAAAAGUCUCAGGGCAUGGCUUCCCUCAACCUUCCUGCUGUGUCGUGGAAGAUGAAGGCACCUGAGAAGAAGCCCCUGGUGAAGAGAGAGAAGCAGGAUGAGACGCAGACCAAGAUUAAGCGGGCCUCACAGAAGAAGCACGUGAACCCUGUGCAGGCGCUCAGUGAGUUCAAAGCCAUGGAGAGCAUCUGAGUGGGCCCGCCAGCUGCCCGCCCCGGCUCUCAAGGCCCGUUACCGUUCUGCACCCAGUGCACUUGCUAAGUAGAGAACCUAACACUAGCGCUAGACCCCGGGGAAAGCGGCAGAUUGACACCAGCCUGGUGGUAAAGUUCUGCAAGGACAUUACAUAUUUCUGAGUUGGUCACAAAAUGCCUUUAGAAUUUAGGAACAUCUUUCUAGCUAUAUUUUUUAUAAACUUAAAGUUCCACAACCAAAGAAAAUCCCACAUUCACUUGUCAGUAGCACUCUGGACCCUGCUGGGCCGCCUGAUGGCUGGGUGGCUCAGCAGUGAGGGCCCCACCAGCCCAAGGGUGGUGGUGGGCAGUGCUGAACGACCAAAGGUGACCGGGCAUCUUAGGAGACAGUCUUUGGGAAAGGAAUGUUCUAGAGAGGUAGACCUUGCAAGAGAGAAACUAUGUGCAACAGUAACAUAAUGUAUCUUGAAGAAAACUGAUUACUCUUUAUGAAAUGAAAUGAGAGUUACAAUGCAUGGCUACAAUUACUAAUGUACUCUGCUGCAGGACAUUAAUAAAGUUGCUCUUCUCGGGUUAGGCUGUUGCGAUGCCAUAGUCAGAACUUGCUUUUUCUUCCAGCUCCAAAUGCAAAUUUCUUCACUGGGCUCACUAAUGAUUGCAAUGGUUCCUGCCUUGGGCUUGCAGCUGAAGCCUGACAGAGUAGUUUUUGCUUAGGCAAUAAUUUAGAUUUUACCUUAUUUGUGAUUACUAUAGCGAUUACUAUAGCUACAAGGUAUAAUUUUGCUGUCUUAUUUAAAUUUUAUGAAUUUGAAUGUUUUUUACACUAACUUUUCUCAAUAAAGUCCACUACGAAGCUAA